AUGACGGUGGGCAUCACCGGCCUGCCCAUACGAUCCUCGCCGGCACGUGGCUCUCUUCUCCUCCAAGCUGUGCAGCAGCUGGCUCAUGUUCACACUUCCCGCCCUUCAUCCUCUCCCGUCUUCGAAUCCAUGUUAGCCAGGGCCAGCGACAAGUACGAGGCCAACGGCCCUCCCCAGAGGAGCCAAUCGGCCAAGUCGUUCUUCCCUCCAAGCAGCCCUACUCAGCACAAUGGCGACAUUCGCCAGCAACUCAAGAAGCCAAAUGCUGCCGCUGUGUCGGCGAGGACCGCCCAACCUUUUCUGAAGCCUUUCGAUAGUCGAUCCACCAACAUGAACCAGCCUACAGUGACCAGACUGGCGGCCAGUGCUGCCGGAGGCUCAUUGGCAUCGCUAUACGGAGGAUCGAAUUCGUUCCAGCAGGAUCCCGACGUUAUCGAUCUGACCGAGGCGGAUGCCGUGGCCAACUCCAAAGCAGGCGUGUUCUUCUGCGAGAACGACUUUAGCGACGAUGACGAGUUGGAUCUGGACUUUAAAGCUCCUUCAGCUUUGCCGGUGCUCCCAACAGCAACUCCUUCCAAGCCCUCCAACGAUAACAUGCCCCCUCCACCGACAUCACAAGCCUCGAAACCCAUCGACUGGUCUUCGUCUCCUGUAUCUCACUUUCUGCCACCGACGCGGACCACAUCUGUGACCUCUACCACAACAAAUGGAUCUCUAAAACGCGAGUCGUCUGGCGAUAAGGAUUUGGUCGACGUCCCCGCUCUCAAGAAGGCGAAGAAGAGAGUUCUCCCUGCACAUUUCAAACAGCAAGAACCUGAGGAGGAUGAAGAGGACCAUGUUGCCAAGACUCCGGCCAACAAACGGAAGGAGUUCUGGAACCCUACUGCUAGUGCCGUCAAGGAGCAGAAGAAACAAUUCCGAAACCAGCGUCAACAAGAACAGCCUACGGCAAACAAUGAUUUGUCUAUGGACGAAGUCCAGGAAAUCACCACUUCGCAUUCCAAGGCCAAGGGCAACUUUGCCAUUUCUCUCAGUGAGGAACAGAGACACGUAUUGGAUCUCGUUGUCAACAAUAACCAGAGUGUCUUCUUCACCGGUGCUGCCGGAACAGGAAAGUCUGUGUUGAUGAGAGCCAUCAUUACUGAACUGAAGAAGAAGUAUGCCAAAGACCCUGAGCGAGUCGCCGUUACUGCCUCAACUGGACUUGCCGCGUGCAACAUUGGUGGUAUCACACUCCACAGCUUCUCAGGCAUUGGCCUUGGCAAGGAAGAUGUUCCGACUCUGGUCAAGAAGAUCCGACGGAACCAGAAGGCCAAGAAUCGUUGGUUGAGAACGAAAUGCCUGAUCAUUGAUGAAGUUUCAAUGGUAGAUGGAGAGUUGUUUGACAAGCUGUCUCAGAUUGGGAGAACGAUCCGCAACAAUGGCAGGCCAUGGGGUGGUAUCCAACUCAUCAUCACAGGUGACUUUUUUCAGCUUCCACCUGUUCCUGACGGAGGGAAGCGCGAGACAAAGUUUGCCUUUGAUGCAUCCACUUGGACAACCUCGAUUGAUCACACCAUUGGACUUACACAGGUCUUCCGACAACGAGAUCCAACGUUUGCCAAUAUGCUCAACGAGAUGCGUCUGGGCAGAAUCAGCGAAGAUACGGUACGGGCUUUCAAGUCUUUGUCAAGACCACUCAACUUCGACGAUGGCGUGGGCACUGCAGAGUUGUUUUCUACUCGAAAUGAAGUUGAGGGAUCCAACGAAAGGCGACUGAGAGAACUCCCCGGCACGGUCCGGCGGUAUGAUGCCAUGGACAUUGGCAAAGAAGAGAUUCGGGACAAGCUGUUGAUGAACAUGAUGGCGCCCAAGAGCAUUGAUCUGAAGAUCAACGCGCAGGUAAUGCUGAUCAAGAACUUGGAUGAGUCGUUGGUCAACGGUUCACUUGGCAAGGUCAUCGGAUUCUCAGAUGAAAAGACGUUCGACAUGACGUCGGUCGACGAGUUCGAUGACGAUGAUCCUAUGGCUAAGGCCCGAAGGAAGCUCCUCAAGUCAUUCAGUCGCGAAGCUGACACAAGCUCGAGCGGAGUGAAGUUCCCAGUGGUGCAGUUCAUGGCAACUAACGGCACAUCACGGGUGAUUCUCUGCCAGCCUGAAGAGUGGAAGGUCGAGCUACCAAAUGGAGAGGUGCAGGCAAAACGCACCCAACUCCCCUUGAUCCUGGCGUGGGCAUUAUCAAUUCACAAGGCGCAAGGCCAGACCCUGGAGCGAGUCAAGGUCAACCUCGGUCGUGUCUUUGAGAAGGGCCAGGCCUAUGUUGCUCUCAGUCGAGCAACAACCCAGGAGGGCCUGCAGGUGCUGGGUUUCGAAAAGUCCAAGGUCAUGGCUCACCCUCGAGUCAUCCAAUUCUACAAUCAGCUGUACAGUGCUGAGGAUGCAAUUGGGAAAAAACCACAGUCUAUCACCGACUUUGUCUCGAACCGACUCGGGGCCGCACCCCCCAAGAAGGCAGCACGCCAGGUGGUGGAGCUGGACGACGAGGAAGAGGCGAUGGCGUCGUAUGGUUAUUGA